AUGUCCAACAUCCUGGAUGCGGCGUCCAAAGUGAAAUGGGACCGCACAUCUGCGGCCAAACGAGCCGUGUUCCUGGCGGCCGCCGCUUACGGUGUCCGGACCCUGUACCCCAUCAUCUGGAGGCAGCUCUGCCGGGGCCCCCGGCCCCCUUCCCGGCCGGAGAACGGAUCCACUUGCCCCGGCAGGACCCCGGAGGACGCCCCGGGGGAGAGGAGGGCAUCCCCGGGUUUGGACGCCGUUUUCUUCCAGCAGAUCCUCGAACUGGGUAGGAUCCUGUUUCCCAAACUGGUGUCUAAAGAGCUGUGUUUACUCUGCCUGCACUCCGUGGCCCUGGUCUCCCGGACGUUUCUCUCCAUCUACGUGGCCAGCCUGGACGGGAAGAUAGUGAAAACCAUCGUGGAGAAGAAGCCCCAGAGCUUCAUCCUCCAACUGGUCAAGUGGCUCCUCAUCGCCAUCCCCGCCACCUUCGUCAACAGCGCCAUCCGGUUCCUGGAGUGCAAAUUGGCCCUGGCCUUCCGCACCCGCCUGGUGGACCAUGCCUACCGCACCUACUUCACCGACCAGACCUACUACCGCGUCAGCAACAUGGACGGGCGCCUGGCCAACCCGGACCAGUCCCUGACGGAGGACGUGAUGAUGUUCUCGCAGUCCGUGGCCCAUUUGUACUCCAACCUGACCAAGCCCAUCCUGGACGUGGUGCUGACCUCCUACACCCUGAUCCAGACCGCCCGGGCCCGGGGCGCCAACGCCAGCGGGCCCACGCUGCUGGCCGGCCUGGUGGUGUUCGCCACCGCCAAGGGGUUGAAAUGA